UUGAUAUAAAUAUUUAAUUCGCGUGACGACGUAUCCAUUAAAUAUAAUUAGAUCCAUUAAAGAAGAGUUUAAUCGAGGACGACGACGUAAAGAGAAAUUUUUUUUUAGGAAGAUAAAUCUUCUUCGAAGCAAUAGAAGUCUGCCACAGUUUUUGAGUGGCACAAUUUUCUGUUAUUGUAUCCUAAACAUCUGACACCGACGUCGAUGUCGAGUAAAGGUCGUUAGAGCCACUAAUAAGCCACUAGAGAGACUACCAGCCACUCUACCAGAUAGAUAAGACUACUAACAACGAAUUCUACGAGCUGCUUAAGAGUACUAACGAAAUUAAAUAUAGUUUUUCUAUUAGAACGAACGAUAAAUGCUUGGCAUCACGGAAAAAAAAGAAAGUAAUUUUAAUUGCGAGUAUCCGAUAAUCUCUCUUGAUUAACUUAUUUUAACUAUUAUUAUACAGUACAAAAUAUGAAUGUUAACUGCAGAUUUAAUUAAUCAUUUAAAAGAAUGAUUUUUAUUUGAUGGUAAACUUAUGGGAGCUGGUUUAAAUUGCCAUAAAUAUGAAAAUCAUUUGUCUGUACAGUACAACGAAUAAUAGUGUUUAAAUAGGGAGUGUCGAUUUUCGUUAGAUGGCGCUCGUUGUCGUACAAAAGGGACUUUUCGAUUUGUUGGCAUCAGUCGAGUCCGUAUGAUCCGUUCUACCUCCCUCUCCAGUUGGAUGCUCUUCAAUAUUGAGAUGAUGUGAUCUCGAAAAUCUUCUUCUAAGAAAAUAAUAGAUGAUACCAGAUGCGGAACAGGUUCUACAUUAUGUUAUCUUCGUUCCGUUUUCCGUUUGGACAACUCUGGUCUUCGCCUUGGCCCUCCUCUGCCACAUAUUUCUAGGUAACAGUAACAAACCUUUGGUGUAUCUUCCUACACUUUACUAUAAAGAAUCGAGCUUCUCUCAGUUUCUCCUGGAACAAAUACCUCGUUUACGCACACCUUACUAUCCGCCUCUAUGGGCUUCCAAUCCUCACGUACAGACGAUCGUCAGCAGAUAUCUCCUACCAUCCCGAGAAGUGUACUACGAACGUCAGAAUCUGCAACUGAAGGACAAAGGUUUGGUAUCGCUCGAUUGGGCGGUGACGUGUGACGUAAACAGUAGAUUAAUAAGCUCGACGAAAGAAUACAGCCGUCUGAUCCUGCUUCUGCCAAACCUGACUGACGAUGCUCUGUCCGUGGCAGAAAUGAGUCAGAAAGCUCUAUCGCGUGAAUUCCGGCCAAUUAUAUAUAACCGUAGAGGACACGGGAAUACCCCUCUGCUAACUCCGAAGCUGCAGACUUACGGGGAUCCAUCGGAUUUGCGUCAAGCAAUUAAAUACGUGAAAUCUCGAUACCCUCACGCUCAUCUGUCUCUAAUAGGAUACGGAACGGGUGCCGAUUUAUUAUUAGCUUAUCUAGGAGAGUACGGCAGCUCGGCUUACAUGUCUGCCGCGGUGGCAAUAUCUCCCCUGUACGACCCGGAAAGUAUUUACGAAUCGGAAAUGCCUCAACCGCACAAAUUUAUCCGCUUGUUAGCUCAACGUAACCUGGUAAAUCGACAUUCUUCGGCACUUUCGAAGGUGAUAGACGUAGACACGGCCAUUCACAGCAACACUGUGGCAGAAUUCGAGAAACGAGUUUAUUGGAAGAUGUGUAGUUGCGAAAGCUGGGAACAAUAUUGGGAAAAGAAUGCACCUUUGAGAGAUGCGGACGAAAUGUCGGUUCCUCUCUUAUGCAUAAGUAGUAAAGACGAUCCUUUGGUACCGCGAGAAGCCAUACCUUACGACGUCUUUCAUGUUUAUCCUCAAUUAGUUCUAGUGGAAACUCGAUGCGGAGGUCAUUGUUGUUUCCUACAAUCGGGUACGUUCGUUCCCGAUUCGUGGGCAAAUUCCUUAGCUUUGGAUUUUUUAAAAGUGACUCUAGAAUUUUCCUCGAACGAAAAAAGAAUGACGAAAUCCGCAUCCAAUCUGUGACUAAUAGAUUUCGUUUAAGCAUAUUAUUUAAUCUGACAUUUCCUUUAUUUUUAUAGUAAAUAUUUAAAAACUUGGCUCGCUAUCUCCUCGAAUUUUACCAAACUUUCAUUAUUUGUGAUCGAUGUGACCAACAACAAAAUAAUGUGUAUAAAAGUUAAAAAUCAAUAAAGUCAUACGGUCAAUGUUAUCUGUGGAGAUAUUCAAACAAUCAAUUUUCUCGAUUCCAUGACGAAUUGUAUCAUAUUGUAAUUUUACUGUGA